AUGGCAACAAAUGGUGAUGAUGCAGCGUUGUGGUUCUGGAAAGCCGAUGGUGGUUCUUGGGAAUUGUACCAUGAAGUUGACCGUGCCAUUCUCGAGAGUGCUCUACUUGCUGGCGAAACUUCCGUUAUACUACUGCAUGAUGAAGUUCCCAAGUUCGAGUGCCACUUAAGAAGGAACCCCAUGAGGCAGCAAAAUUUGCAGUCUGGACAUUGUAGAGAGAUUCUUCGUGGUUGGCCAGACGAACAGCAGAAGCAAGGGACGACAGAGAGAUCCGCAGCAGCGAUUCUCAACAAAAUGAAAGAAAUCGGGAACGAUCCACAAGAUGCUGCUCCUCAUAUUCGUCGUGGUUGGCCCAAAGUGAAAUAUCAGACAAUAGGGAGACCUGCAAUGAAGUCUUUGAAAUCCCAGAGUGAAAGCAUCAGCAACGACAACACGCGCCAAGCCGGUUUGGAUCGAGAAAACCAGGCUUACCAAGUUUGCAAUGAUCCGCAGAAGAAAGCAGCGGAGACAAUACCCCAUAUCAAAAACGCCAAACAGAGCGCAGAGCUGGCUCUGGAUAUGUUGGGUGUGAGUGUCUAUCACGCGGAACAAGUCUUUCUUGAGCAAGAAGUGUGCGUUUUUACAGAUACCCCAUCAGGACAACCUCUAUCUGCAUCUUCCACUAUCUAUGACAUUGAAAAUCUACAGGGUCCUCCUGGGGUUAUUCGCAGAAAGGGAGUGAACACAAAGUGCCCUCUUGAUGGAAAGUUGGGGGCUGCGUAUGUGCAUUGUUUGGAAGGAGCUGACCAUGUAGGAGAUGCAACCCACAUGCUCAGCUAUUCAUGGAACUCCUGCAUUGGGGAUAUUGUGGAUACUCUAUCUGACUUCUGUCGGAUGCACAGCCUUGAUCCAAAGAGGACUUACAUUUGGAUCUGCUGCCUUUGUGUCAAUCAGCACAGAGUAGUGGAAACUGCAAUGCUGCAAAAGUCUGGAAUGAUCCCAAUGGCUCAAGCUGACUUCUUCACCAUCUUUGGGGAACGAGUCAAAAGGAUUGGGCAUGUGCUUUGCAUGAUGGCUCCAUGGAAAACACCAGUAUAUCUGACUCGGGUCUGGUGCAUUUUUGAAGUCUUCACAGCUCUCACAAAUGGAUGCAAAGUGGACAUUGUCAUGCCACCAAAUGAGAAGGAAUCUUUGGAGCAGGAUGUCAUCAAGAGAGGAGGUGGAAUCAAUGCACUCUUUGAGACACUAGGAAGCACCAAAGUACAAGAAGCCAAGGCUUCUGUGGAAAGGGACAGACGAGCCAUUCUGGACAAAGUGAAAUCAGGUGCUGGUUAUCAGGAGCUGAACAAACAGGUCAACAAUUUACUGAGAGAAUGGAUGCUGGGUGUGCUUAUUCGGCUAGUGGAGACAAGAGAAAAUACCAAUGAUGAAAGCCAGGUUGAGUUUUGUAAUACUAUUGGUGCGAUCUUUCGAGAGAAUGGAGAACAUGACACAGCCACAGAACUCUUCUUCACUGCUCUGUCCACGUGCAAAGCCAAUUUUGGUGACAAGCAUCAUCAAAAUGCCACGACCUACAAUAACAUCGGUGAUGUCUACUAUGAAAAGGGUGACUAUGAUGGUGCAUUGGCAAUGUACCAGCAAGCUCUUGAAAUUAGGGUUUCCUUGUUGGGGAAGAGAAAUGCUGAGACUGCCACCAUCUACAACAAUAUUGGAUUGGUGAUGGCUGGCAACGGUGACUAUGAUGCUUCUUUGGCAGCUCACAUGCAGGCUCUUGACAUCUGUGAGACAGUGCUGGGCAGGAAUCACCCAGAUACUGCCGCAACCUACCACAACAGCGGAUAUGCCCUUCAUAGCAAAGGUGACUAUGAUGGUGCUUUGGCUAAUUACAAGCAAGCUCUUUCCAUCCGAGAGAGUGUUUUGGGGAAAGACCAUCCCGAAACUGCCACAACCUACAACAUUAUUGGAGCUGUGUUGUUUGAGAUGGGUGACUAUGAAAGGGCAUUAGGCAGAUAUGAAGAAGCUCUGAGAAUUCAAGAGUCAGUAUUGGGCGAAAAUCAUCCAGACACAGCUGCAACAUACAAUAACAUUGGCUCUGUAAUGGGGGCCAUUGGUGACUCUGAUGGAGCAUUGGCAAGAUAUGAACAAGCCCUGGACAUUCGCAAGUCUGUAUGGGGUGAGACUCAUCAUGAAACUGCUGAUUCCUACCUCAAUAUUGCUAGUGUGCUGUGGCAAUCAGCUGAGUAUGAUGGUGCCUUGGCAAAAUUGCGACAAGCUGCUGCUAUCCAAGAGGCAGUCCUGGGCAAGAAUCAUCCUCAUACUGCUGGCACAUACCGCAGCAUUGGGCUGUUGUUGUCUGAAAAGGGUGAUUAUGAUGGAGCCAGGGUAGAGUUUGAAAAGUGCCUGCCUGACGAUCUGGGAACCUCUUGA